AUGGCGAGGACCACAAAACUCAUGUCCAGCCUCCCCAUUGUAGCCGACGUCAAGGUCGACCAUGAAGGCAGAAGCAUCUGGCCUUAUAUACUUGAAGCGGAACGAGCAGCUUUGAAUAUGGCUCCAACUAAACUCGGCCCAAACUACAACGAGCCGCUCAUUGGCAGUCGCGUUCUGGGAUUCUUGUUGCAAGAUCUGUGGCUACACGACAAGCACUCCUUUGGCCUCAUUCCGUACAAGAAUCUCAUCGAGCAUAUUACCUUAGCUCUAUCAAUUUCCGGAUAUGCCGUUGGUAGCAAAGAAGACUGUCAAGCACGGAUUAAGAAGCUCCAGGACAUGGGAUUGUACUAUCGCAACCACUUAUUCCGCGUUUUUCGGUCCAAUAGAGGUUCGAUCCCCUCAUGCUCCGAUGAGUCCGAUCCUCCUUCUCGCCCGUCCCUGGACGUUGUUCGAGACAGAAUUCUCAGUGAUACGAGGACCCCAACGACAGAAGGCAGCGCUCAUGCGAAUGCACUCAUGCGCGAUGGGUAUCGUUGUAUGCUUACUGGGGAAUACGAUUACAUUUCGCUCGAGGACCACCCUGAACUGGAAGAACAUGCCCCUGCUGAUCAUGAAACUUGCUUUGCGGAAUGUGCCCACAUCUUCUCUGAGACUGCGCAGGAGGGCGAGCCGAAGGCCGUGUACGCUGCUAGCGCUCUGGCAAUUCUUGAAGUCUUUGGUCUCAACAGCAAAGUCGAAAACCUUGUGGGCCGCAAUGUUCACGAAUAUUUCAACAUCCUCACUAUGCGGUACGAUCUACACAAGCUUUUUGACCGGCUAGACAUUUGGUUGGAAGAAGUGAUCGGGGAGGAAAAUACCUACGAGAUCGUUGCUGUCAAGGACAGGCUGUUCAAGAAAAUGAUAGGACAUAUCGAGCGCGUUACGUUCCGGGUUGAUCCUGACGUAGUGGCAGCCUGUAGAGCAAAAAACAUUGAUCCCCCUUCACUCCCUUCGCCGUCUCUCCUCGCCAUACGCGCUGUGUGUUCACGUGUCGCGCACAUAUCUGGCGCUGCUGAUCAUUUUGACCAGAUUCUGCGUGAUUUAGAAGACACACCCGUGAUGGCAGAGAAUGGAGGUAGCGCUCAUCUUCUGGCGUCGCGCUUGAUGCAGUUGUCGCAUCCUGUUGAUGAUACCAAGGCCUAG